UUUCGCUGGUGGUCAUUAAAUUAAACUCUGGUUUGUAUCCACUGAGCGAGCGCCUUUCCCAAUGGAGGAGCGUCUACAGCGGACCGGUUGCCUUCGGAAAUCUUUUGAGAGAAUACAUAUUUUUCAUUGGACCUCCUCUCUCCUGAUGUAAGGAUCUACUUUUUGAAAGGACUAGUUUAACUUCCACCCCUUCGCAGCACCCGCGUUAUCGCACCGAUACCCCUCUGAUGUCCGCCCGGUAGCAGCAACAACCGCAGCUUCUCCAGACCCCCAUCGCGUGCCACUUGCCAAUGCAAACCAAGCGUAAGUGGGGAGAAGCGCUCCGUGGGUCUCCCUCCUCCAUGGCCUCUUUUCCCUCCAUCUCAUCCCCCCUUCCCCUCCUCUCCCUCUUCCUCCUCCUCUCCAUCCCUCCAGUGGCUCCUAUCCAGCCCCAAUGGCCCCUGCAACGCGUCCCUGUGGUCUUACCCCAGGUGACAGAGGACCGACCCGCCCCUCACUUCCAGGCUGACGCCCGAUUGGACGUCACCUCCCCAUGUGACCCAGAAUGCCACAAGAAGGCUCUUCCCCCCAGCUACUGGGACCUGCGUAGCAUCCUGUCAUACGAGACACUCCAUAGCAACGGUCGCCUCACCGAAACCGCCGUGGGGAUCUACGGGUACACCGCCCGCACCCAGACCACGCCGGCACUGCCUUCCCGACGCAAACGUCAGAUCUUUGGCCAUGACGGGCGUUUCAGCAUUGUAGGGCAAGACUUCCUGUUGAACUACCCAUUCUCGGCAGCGGUCAAGCUGUCCACCGGGUGUUCCGGAACACUGGUGGGCGACCGGCACGUUCUAACCGCCGCCCACUGCGUCCACGACGGGAAGAACUACGUGAAAGGGGCGCAAAAGCUCCGGGUGGGUUUCCUGAAGCCAAAGCAGCGUGACUCUCCCAAUCCGGCCUCUGCCACCAAUGCAUCCAACACCCAUCCAUCACCCCCAGAUAAGAUGAAGUUCCAGUGGAUUCGUGCCAGGCGCACCCACGUGCCCAAAGGCUGGAUCAAGGGCAACGGCAACGACAUCGGAAUGGACUACGACUACGCCUUAUUAGAGCUCAAGAAGGCCCACAAACGACGCCACAUGAAGCUGGGCGUCUCCCCGCCGGCGAAGCAGCUGCCCGGGCGCAGGGUCCAGUUCUCCGGCUAUGACAACGACCGGCCGGGCCAGCUGGUCUACCGGUUCUGCCGGGCUGGAGAGGAGACGCCAGACCUGCUCUACCAGCACUGUGACGCCCAGCCCGGGGCCAGUGGCUCGGGGAUCUACGCUCGUAUGUGGGACCGGAGGAGGCGGCGCUGGGAGAGGAAGGUGAUCGGGGUGUUCUCAGGGCACCAGUGGGUGGAUCGAGACGGGGCGUCGCAAGAGUUUAACGUGGCGGUGAGGGUGACGCCUCUGAAAUACGCCCAGAUCUGCUACUGGAUCAAAGGAAACUAUGUAGACUGCCGAGAAGGAUGAGGAAGAGGUGGUCAUGCACAUACUGCACACACACACACAGAGAGGAUAAUGGAGGACAAAGGGGUCUUCACUUCCCUCGCUGAGGAAGUGAAGUUGACAAGUGGACCCGUCAUUCACACACAUGCAGAACACACUUCAUCACGCAUCAAUACUGUUUCAUUACUAAUACAUACCAUUGUUCUGCAUGCAGAGACAUCCCUCCCAACACACAACUAAGAACGACUCACAUUUACAUCCAGGAAGUCCUACUGUACAUACAUACAUCCUCACUAACCCUUUCCGUCGUACAUUAAGUCAAAUGUAAAACAUGUAUUCGUGCCCUUCUUACUGCAUGAUCAACACUGUGCUUUGAAACACAACUGAAAGGUGUUAUGACUGAGCUUUAGAAGAUGGCUUUGACCAGGGACUCCCUGGACCAGCGUGUUAUGAUGGUGAAGAGAACAUUUAAUGCACUGAAAGAAAGGAUGAAAUAGGAGGAGGAACAAGAAGAUGUGUAAGAGAUUGGUGGAGAGACAGAUGCAGUUUCACUGCUAAUUCUAUAGAUUGUCAGAGCUCUGUUGGGACAACUUUUUUUUCUUGUUAUUGCCAAUGAAUGUAACCCUGUCAUCAACCAAAGGUGCUACCCUGCUCUUAAAAAAUGUAAACUCAAGGUAUAGACUGUCACAGUACAAACGGUUGUAGUUUCAAAUGGACCCAAGAAAAAUAUCAAUAGCUCCCUCUGCUGGGCCAAAUACAAUACUACAGGCCACUUUGAUGACAGCAGAGUGUUGACUCUGGAACACUGACCCUCAACUACUCAUGAUAUGCACUUUGUCAAACCUUAUGGGUGAGCUAUUUUUCUGUUUCAAAAACAAUUGUGCAGCAAUAUAUAUAUAUAUAUAUCAACUUUAUAAUGCUUUGGAAUAAAAUGCAUAAUGUGGUUUUGCAAA